AUGAUGCAAAGCUCUGGUGAGGCGCGCGAGAUGCGCCCCUUGGCACAACCUUCACCUUCCCAGCUGCAAGAGCAGCAAAUGCCAACAACUCACUAUGUCGUUGCACCAGGAGAGGAGGUUCUGAGCUACCAUGCUUACGUGGGAAAGCUUCGAAACCGCGUUGUCAUGGUGGCCAUGAUCACUGCAGCAUGUUUCAUAGUCUCUGCCUUCGUUCAGCUAUUCUUUGGUUUCCUGAGUUGGCAAAGCUUUCAGAACAAGCUGGACUACUUGGCACAAGUUGAAGCGAUUCCGGAGUUGAGCUCGUUGCUCCACGUGGCGCCUCAGCUGCUCCUCACUUCCGCAGUACCGGUCUUCCUCAAUGCGCUGCUCGUGGGCGGCCUCUGCAUCUUGUGUGGCCUCUGCGGCGCAAGGGCAGACAACGAGUGCUGCGCCUGCUGCUACUGCUGCUGCAACGCGCUGUGUUGUGUACUGACGCUCCUCACAUUGCUUGGAUCCGCAGCCUUCCUAAAUGUGAUAUCCACCAGCAGUGGUGUGGCCCAGGUUUGGUUUCAGACGUGUGAUCCAUCGGUUUGCUACCCCGCGGGGCCUGACACGGACCCCAAGAUGACAGUUGAUUGCCUGGCGCCGGCUGUCUGGGACGCCUACGUUCCCCAGCUUGAAGGCCCUCACCUUCCGAGGCAAUGCCCUCCCAUGUACCUUGUCUGCAAGGGCGCAUUCUCCGACAAGGAUGGUGAUGAUGAUGGUCCCAGUGAGGAAAGGUACCUCAAGGAAGCUGGCCUGCGCAGACUUCAUUCGCAGCCACCGGCGGAGUUUGCAGGCACCCAAUGGGCCCAAAGCUGGCGACGACUUGGUGAUGAGCCCGAGGAGGCAGAGGAUGGCACGGAGGAGGAAGAUCCUGAGGAGGUUGCGGAGGUGCCGGACGAGGCAGCGCAGGCUGAGAACUCCGAGCCUGCUGCGGCGGCCAUUGAGGAGGCGCAAGCCGAGCCAGCCGACGAACCUUCUGACGGUGACCCGGACGAUGAUGCAGAAGCAAGGGAGGCGCAGGGCCCGGCCGAUUCCCACAGCGACCAGGAUCUUUCCACGGUACACGACGAUGAGAGCACUCCCGAUGGACUUGAGCCCAAUCACGUGACGCUCGGAGCACCCGAAGAGGAUGACGACAACGGCGAAACUAAUCCAAAAGUUACCUCGGCGAGUGCCGGUCAUCAAGAAGAGGGGUACACUGAAGAGGAAGAAGGUAGCCCAGAUUCUCAGCCGUCUGACCCGUCUGGUCCUGAACAGGGGGAAGAAGGAGGAGGCGAAGAAGUGGAUGAACCCGACGAUGAACCGGACACUCCUGGCUCAGAAGACAUUGAUGCCCCCGCUGUUGUGAUGUCAAAGUCUGAACAUCCUCAGCGUGAGGAUGAGGACUCCGAUGAAGAGCUUGAUGGAAACGGUGGCAGUGCCGAGCCGGGAGAUGGUGACGCGGAAGAUGAAGGUGCCAGCGGCGCCGUCGGCGCAGAACAUGAUGAAAGUGGCACGAGUGACCCUGGAGAGAGCGGUGCAAGCGGUACCGAAGAGAGCGACAAUGAAGAUGUUGGCAGCAAUGCUGAAGACGGCGAUGACAGCGGCAGCGUGGAAGGUGGAGACGAAGGCCAUGCCGGUGCCGAGGGCGACAGUGCGAGCGACGAUUCAGGUGAAGGGGAGCCUGGAGGGGAAGGCGAUGACGCUGGCUACGAGGGCGACGGCGACGAGGUGGACAGCGACGAAAGCAAUCUCCACCGUCUCGCCAAAGAAAGCGCGGCUCUGGCAAAAGUUCUGUCACACCCGAUGCCACAUGACCCAAUCUCUGUGUGCUCGCCGUCCGAGAUCAGUUCGUUGUAUGAUGUCGCAAGGCAGGAGGCUCCAGACAUCUUCAAUGCCUGUACCAAUCUGAUUGUCGUUCGCGUGUGUUGCCUCCUUCCGAUGCUUGUGCUCUUCGCUUUAGGGUCGGUAUGGGGUCACGAGCUGUGGACCAAACUAUCUGCCGGCGUCGCUCAGCCGGCAAUGCAACGCUAUGUGCUGUCCAAUGUGCCCUUCCUCCCGCAACCGGCACAGUCGUCGACCGAAGUCCAGAUGACCCAUAUGUCAGAGCCGCUCAUGGUCCAGUCCCCGCAGGGACCGUGA